AUGGCCAGCCGUCGCAUCUUCGUCAUUGGCGCCACAGGUGCCCAGGGCCUCCCGGUAUGCCGCGGCCUCGCCAAGGAUGGAGCCUACAGCUUGCGAGUUCUUACUCGUGACGCCAGCUCCGCUCGGGCACGACAACUGGCCGAGCUCGGCGACGUCGAGUUCGUCGAGGGGACAUUCGCCAGCGAGGACAGCCUACGCAAGGGCUUUGCAGGCUGCUGGGGCGCCUUCGUCAACAUUGACGGGUUCAACACGGGCGAGAAGACGGAGACUUACUGGACGAUUCGCGCGUAUGAGCUCGCUAUCGAAUCGGGCAUCAAGUUCUUCGUCUUCGGAAACCUGGACUACGGGUACAAGAAGAGCGGCUACAACCCCGAGUUUCGCUGCGGCCAUUACGACGGCAAGGGCCGCAUGGCCGAGUGGAUGCUCAGCCAGCGGGGAAGCCAUGGUAUGGGCGUCGCGGUCUUCACUACGGGCCCUUACAUCGAGAUGACCAUCUCCUCCAAGACGAUCAUGACGCCUCGUGUCCGGGAUGGUGUUGUCACCUGGGCAGUUCCGCUCGGCGAUGGCGCGGUCCCGCACGUCGCUCUCGACGACUGUGAGCACUACGCGCGCUGGCUCUUCGACCACCCAGAGAGAUCCGAUGGCAUGAAUCUAGAAGUGGCCAUCGACCACAUCCCCUACGCGGACCUUGCUGCGGCUUUCCAGAAGGUCACCGGCAAGCCCGCGCAGUACAUCGACGUCCCCGCGUCGGCGUACUUUGAGCACGUGCCCAUAGCUGAUGAGCCGGCCGGGUACAACGCCGACCCCAAAGACCCUGCGACGAUGACGUUCAAGCAGAACUUUUCGGGGUUCUGGACGCUGUGGAAGCACUCUGGCGGGAAUCGAGGAGUGGUCAAGAGGAACUACGCUCUGUUGGACGAGAUCCAUCCCGAGAGGAUCAAGACUGCAGAGGAGUUCUUCCGCCGAGAGGAAGAAAAGCGUCGCUCGUCCGGACUCCCCGGUCUAUACGAUAUGAUCGAGAGUGGAGGUAUGGGUUCUAUUCUCAAGCUUAGUGAGGAUAAUAGGCAGGGCAAAUUGUGA